AUGCCCUGCCUCCUUCCAGAUUAUUCAUGCCGCAACAACUCGCCUCUGACAUCAGGGUGGGACAGAGGUGCAGGUUAUAAAGCGGAUUUAUUGGCACCGGCGCGGAACAGCAUCACAUUCACAAAGCGGAUGGAGAAAUUUACAUUGCAGUGUAUGAACCUGGAGAUAGCGGAGAACCUGUUGAAGCACAGGACCGAUGGCUUCAGCGACUCCAAAGCCCUGGUGGUCCGGAGAGGAGCCCCCUUUAGGGUCAGCCUGAAACUGAGUGGACGGCCGCUCAACCCCAAGACGGACUCGCUCAAGAUCAAGAUCAUGCUCGGUCGCCUGUACGCCAUCGUGCCCGUGACCCACAGCCAGGUGCAGUCUGCAGGGUCUCAGUGGAGCGCCCACAUGGACCUGUCCUCUCUGAAGGAGCCCUCGGUGCACAUCCGCUCCCCUGCCUCUGCUCCGGUGGGCCAGUACCACUUUGUGCUCUGCGUCUUCACUAAAGAUACCGGCCGCAAGCUCUGCACUUUGGGGAAGUUCAUUCUGCUCUGCAACCCCUGGUGCCAAGAGGACUCAGUGUUUAUCCCAUUUGAGGAUCAGAGACAGGAGUUUGUUCUGAACGACUCGGGCCUGCUGUUCAUGGGGACUGCUAUGAACCUGGUGCCACGUCCAUGGUCUUUUGAUCAGUUUGAGUCUGGGGUCUUGGAGGCCUGUCUGAACCUCCUGGAUGUGAGCCCCCAUCACCAGCAAAACCGUAAAAUGGAUCAUCUGAACCGUAACGACCCGGUGUACCUGAGCCGUGUGGUUUCUGCGAUGAUAAACUCAGAAGAUGACCGCGGGGUUCUCAAAGGGAACUGGUCUGCAGACUUCAAACAGGGCAUGCACCCGUCUCUGUGGACCGGCAGCGGAGACAUCCUGAGGCAGUGGGCCGAGUCCGGCUUCAGCCCGGUCAAGUACGGACAGUGCUGGGUGUUCGCUGCCGUCAUGUGCACAGUGAUGCGGGUGCUGGGCGUUCCCUGUCGCGUCGUCACCAACUACAACUCGGCUCACGACACCAACAACAACCUGGUGAUCGAGGAGCUUUACAGCAAAACUGGAAUCAAGCUCAACGGCAGCAGGGACAGCAUUUGGAACUUCCAUGUGUGGGUGGAGUGCUGGAUGACCCGACCGGAUCUGGGAUCAGCCAUGGACGGGUGGCAGGUGUUGGACCCCACUCCUCAAGAGAGAAGCGGAGGAGUGUUCUGCUGCGGUCCCGCUCCGGUCAAAGCCGUCCACGAUCGCCGCAUAGACUUGAUUUACGACGUGCCGUUUGUGUGCGCCGAGGUGAACGCAGACGUGCACACCAUCAUCGUGGACCAGGGCCGGGUGCUCAGCGUGAACAAGGACACGGAGAGGGUGGGGGCGCUGAUCUGCACCAAGGCUGUGGGCUUCCCCAGAGUCCAGAACAUCACUGGGAAUUACAAACUCAUCCAAAGCCCGACAUCUACUCUGUCAUCGAGAAGUUCAAGGAGCUCUGAAGAUUCCACAUUGAGAAGAGCUGCGACUGCAUCAAAGGGCGUACUGGUCUUCUUGACUUUAGACAAAGCUGCGGUGUCUGGAGAACCCAUCCGCUUCACUGUGAAAAUCAUGAACCAACAGAAGAGGUCCAAGCGUUUGAAAAUGCACAUGAACGCCCAGGCCAAAGAGUACAACCACAGCCCCUCCGACACCUUCUGGGAGUCCCACGGCGUCAUCCAGAUGGGCCCUGCUGAAGUCAAAACGAUCCAGCAGCAGAUUCUCCCGGUGCAGUACGAGGACGUGGUGGGAGACGAUCUGAUAAACCUGGCCGUGGUCGUGGAGGACGUGGCGUCUCAAGAACAGGCGCUGGCCACCGAGGAGUUCAACAUCUCCAGCCCAGAACUCAUAAUCCAGGUCGCAGAUGAAAGCUCGGUGGUGGUGCACAGACUGCAGACGGCCACGGUCACCUUCACAAACCCCUUCACUCAUCCUGUGAGCGGGGUCUUGAUCGUCGCGGGGGCGGGACUCCUCCAGAACAGAGCCUCCUUCAGGAUGCCUCCUCUAAAAGCUGGAGGGAAAGUGGAGCAGACCAUCACGUUUACUCCCCGAAUGGUUGGAACCAAGAUGUUACACGUCAACCUGAUGCUCUCCGACGUCAGGUGCUCCGUCAAAGGCUUCAAGAUGCUCGUUGUGGCGCGCAGCUAA